CAUGUACACACGAAGCCGUCACCGUUGGUAUGUGUGUUGGGUCUUGUGAUGUGAACCCACUCAUUCCACCUCGUCUGGUCUGCCAGCAUCCUUCUGCAUGGCUUUCCGAUGGAUGAGUCUGUCUGUCUGUCUGUCUGACUCACUUGCGAUUCCUUCUGUCUUUGUCGUCUGUCUGUGUCUCGUGUGUUUCACGCGUCUGUAUCUGUAUGUGUCUGUCUGUCUGUGAGUGUGUGUCGUGUCUUGUCAUCUUAUUAAUUAUCCGCGGCUGAAGAGGCCAAUGCCCCCGCCGCCGCCCCCGCUGGCCUGCAGCCGAGACCCAAACCCACCGCCACCAACAGCAGGCGUGGGAGGCCUGACGCACGCACGCACGCACACCACACACACAAACAGAAACCUAUUUCAGCUCACAUCUGUGCUGUGUUGGUCUCCCCCGAGCGGCCUGCCUGCCUUACCUUCUCAUGCGCGGCCCCCUGCCGAGUCCGAAUGGCUUGGUGACGCCCGGUGUGGCGGCGCCGUUGCUGUUGCUGCCGCCCACGCCGAAUCGCCCCUGCAUGCCGUUCAUGUUGCCGUGCCCGCCGUCCGCACCACCACCGCCAAACAGACGAGGGCCGUUGGGGGGGCUGUGGGUGCGGGCAGACUGGGCAGCCGCACCGAACAGACCGGUGGAUGCCUGGUGGUGAGUGCCUUCCUCAGGACGACUGACACACACACACGCCCGGACACACCGAUGCACACGCAGAGCAGAGCAGACAUGGCGUGUGUUGUUGGUGUGUAGGGGGGAUGUGUGGUGUGUGAUGUGUGUGUGGUCUGCUGACCGUGAGAAGACUUCUCUGGGUUAGUUGGCCUUGGCCUGUCCGUUGCCGAGGGCUGGUCGGUUGAUGGCGUUGCCUGGCACGCCGCCGGCGACGUUGCCUGGCACGCCGCCGGCGACGUUGCCCCUUCCUCCGCCCAUCAUGCGCGCCUUGAGCUGUCUGUAGUUCUCCUCGAGCUUGGAGUGCUGGCGGUUUUUCUUGCUGUACAACUCCUUGUAGUGGUCCUGACACACAGACAGAACAGAAAGGAACCAAGCAAGGCAAAUGACACACAACGGAUGGAUGGAUGGAUGGAUGGCCGGGAUGGUUGGCUCCCUCAGCCCCCCGCCCUCCUCCCACCCGUUCCUUGGCGAUUUCUCUGAGCUCCUCCUUCAUGUUUUCCUUCUCGGUGGACAGGCUGUUGAUCUUAUUCUCAUACUCGGACAGGGCGGCGCGACACUCGGCCUCCAAACGACGCUUAGACGCCCGCUCGUCUGCACACACCACACACGUCCAUCCAUCCAUCCAUCAUGAACACCACCCACACGAUAUCACACCGAAGUGGUGCCAACCCUACCCUGUGCUUCCUUCUUGGCGUCCCGAAGUUCCUGUAUCUUCUGGAACGACCAGAACUCGAGUGACCCCAUGGCGGCCUCCAGACAGUCGUUGGGCAGGAAGCCAAUCAAACUCAUCUGCACAAACCAACCAGACACACAACACACACACACGCUGACCAUCCGUGGCAUCAGAUUUGGUCUUCCAUCCAUCCAGUCCAUCCAUCCAUCCAUCAUCCAUCCAUCCACCCGGCCUCCAUCCCUGCCUCCCUCCCGGCCACCACCCCGCCCACCUGUUUUCUGUCGUUGAUGGCUGUGCGGCUGAAGUCGACGAGCUUGAUCUGACACUGGGCCUUGCACACGGGGCAUGACUCGUUGCUCGAGAACCACUGCUCGGCGUGCUCCAUGCAGAACACGUGGGAGCAUGACGUCAGGCAGCACUCACCAACCUCCCGCCCGCAGCCAGGCGCGUUGCACUUGAACGACAAAGCGUCAGAGCCCUCCAUCUCUGCGGAGGCCUGCGCGGCGGCUCC